AUGGCACAGGUCCCUAAUUUAGACAACGCACCUAUCAAUCUCACUACCACACGAGAUCAAUCUCAAAAUGAGCUGAUAAAUAUUCUGAAAAAUUACUGUUGUGCUAUCGAUGCUGCUGUUGCUAAUUUGGAUACUCUUGUUGAUGCCAGUCUAAAGGGAUUAUUGAUCUCAAGAACAAGGUCUGCAGUGGUAAUGAUAACAGCUUUGUUGUUUAUCAUUCAAAAAGGAAUCGAUCCUCCAUCUCUGGACCUUCUUGCUCGAGAAGGAAUAAUUGCCUUGCGGAGAGCGAAGAGGAGAAAUAUGGAAAGAUUGGUGUUGGCUUUUGGUGGAGAGGCUGUAAAUUCGGUUGAUGACCUAAACCUUGACUGCCUUGGCUGGGCUGGAUUGGUCUAUGAACAUGUCCUUGGAGAAGAAAAGUACACAUUUGUGGAAAAUGUGAAAAAUCCACACUCUUGUACAAUCCUCAUCAAAGGACCUAAUGAUCAUACAAUUGCUCAGAUUAAGGAUGCAGUUCGUGAUGGACUAAGGGCAAUUAUAACCGAUGAGCAGUUUUUCACCUUUACAAUCCUCAUCACCUAG